UCGCAUUUUGUCCCUACCUGCUCGUUCCUCCUCCACACCACUUCAUGGCUCCUUUCCUGCAGCGCGAUGCCCGGCAAGACCCUAUUCAACCACGUGUUGCCCGUGCUGGCGCGCAAUGGCAACGCCAGUCCUUUUCUCAAUGGCUUGUCUGUCGUCCGGAGUCUGAAGGAACGCGAUAGCAGGAGUAGCCGGUUUAAGUUACGAGUACCUCGCCCAGGCUGGAGGUUUUUUAGGCGCCUAAAAAAUCCUCGCCCAGGCUGGAGGUCCCAAAGCUUUCUUUCUUCUUGCUCUCCUUCGUCUUUUCCGUUUCCCUCCUGACCGCCAAGUCACAUUCCAUGGCUUGGCGGUAAUGUGACUUCGUCUUUCUUUCUUCUUGCUCUCCUGACCGCCAAGUCACAUUCCAUGGCUAGUAACGGCCCGCGGAGGAGGCGGCUUACUCGCGAAACGGUGUCUUAUGUAGCCUCCUCUUUGGAAGGACCUUCCAGAAUGGCCGUAGUUCUGGCGGAAACCGGAGCGGGCCGUGCGGAAGCGGAUGUGGGAACGGCGGAAACGGCGAUUGACUUGGCGGAAACCGGCGCAAGUCGCGGAAGGAAACGCCCAGCAGCGUCGCAAACGGCUCUCGUAAUCUCAGCCGUUGGAUCGUCUCUCGCAACAACGCCGGUUUCGCGAGGCUCGCGAAGUUCGGGAGGCCGGCAGGCGAAGCCAGUAGUGGAGAAGCGUCUAACUCGUUUUCUUUCGAAGCCGUCGCGCGCCGUGCUGGACCGUAUAGAGCGCGCCUACGUUCACCGCCUGUACUUAAUCGGCUUCGACUGGCCCCGCGCGCCCCGCGCAGCUGGCGGAGCUGGCGGGGGCGCGAGCGGGGGAACUGUUGCGCCAGGCGCUGGCACGGGGGGUGGUGCAGGCGAUAGUGCUAGCCUCGCUCUGGCUCUUCCGCCUCCGCGCACGCCGCUUCCCCAUAACCAGCCGCCUCGGCUCUCUCAGUCCCCCUCCUCUCGGUCCUCGCCGUUUUCUCAAAACACGGAAAUCAGUACUCGUGGCGGCAUGUCCUCACCGCGUUCGCCCGCCACUGGCUUACCAGCGGGCGCCCUCGCUCUUGCAGCUCCCCCCACUUCCGCUCUUCCCGCCCCCCACACUCCCUCCUCCGCCCCCCCCGCCACCUCCUCCCCCCUCCGCCCCUGCUCCUGCAACUUCCACGUGCUAGGCGCAACCGGCAACGUGUACACAGUUACCAUCUCGCAACAGCCCUCCUGCACUUGCCCUGACAGCGGCAAUGGCAACCUGUGCAAGCACAUUCUCUUUGUGCUGCUGAGAGUGCUUCGGGUGGAUCAGGACGAUCCGCGCGUGUGGCAGCGGUCGCUGCUUUCCACCGAGCUGAACGAGCUUUUGGAUAGAAUAGACGAUCUGGAAAGGAGUACGGCUGCUGCCGCUUCAGUUGUUGAUGAGGAUGGGGAAGAUGUUUUGGCGAGCCGGUCAGUGAGAGAGCAGUUUGCACGCGUUGCAGGGGGGGCGUUAAGCUCUGAUGGUUCGGGGCCAAACAGUGCAGCUGGCAGUCAGGAUGCAGUUGGGGAGUCGGAUCAGAAGCCGAAGCAGCGGCCGAUUGAGGGUGACUGCCCGAUUUGCUACGAGCCUCUGAGAGGGGCAGCAGCAGGGGGGCGAGGUGGGAAGCCAGCAGAGGCGGUGGUGUUCUGCCAGCGGUGUGGCAACAACGUUCACUCGGACUGCUUCUCACGCUGGAAGGCCGCCAAACGGGGAGGCUUGGUGACUUGUGUUUGGUGCAGGGCUCCUUGGGAGGACGAGAGCACUAGGAACACGGCACGGCGUAGUCAUGUUGUGGAUUAUGACAGUGAUGAUGAUGAGGAAGAGGAGGGACCUCAAGAGUAUGUGAAUCUGUCACAGUAUUCUGAUGCUCACAGGCAUGCGGACACCAGUUUGGACUCCCUGUAUCCGGACACACACAUGUUCUUUGGCGGAGGGAGGAGACGGGGGCGAUCGUGGUGGUAAAUGAAAUGUUGCUUCUUUCCUGUCAAUCCAGCUUUCUGCAUUCUGACUGCCGGUUUCGUUUGCAGCACACCUUACAUGGCUGGUUUGGAAUGAAACGAGGGUGUGACACAGUGGAACCUGUGUGUGUAAUGGGCAGUGUACUACUGGUAUGUACCUCUCUACGUGUGUGCUUGUGCCUGUGUAAAAGGCCAGGAGUAGGUAUUCCUAUGAUACUCCUA